AUGGUUUGUAAAAAGUUUCAAGGAAAUAUGGACAAAUUUCACAAUAACCCAGUUCCAAUAAACAAAAAGACUAUCAAAUUUUUUCCAAAGAUCGAAACACUUAAUUUAUGGAACUGUGACAAUGAAGUUUUCGGUAAUGAUUUAUUUAAUAGAAAAAAACUAGAAACAACAACCAAAAUCGACUUCUUCCAAAUCAAUGUUUGGUUUGUAGUGACCUACGAUUGUACUCAAACCCACUUACAU